AGAUUUAGAGAGAAGAAAGCUUUAUUCAUUUGUCCAUGAGGAUUCUGUUUCUCUCUGUAGCAAUCAACGCCGAUUCGAGUUCCAAUUUGAGUUCAUUCACAGCUUAAUUAUUGAUUUUCCAAGUUCAAUUUGUUCUACGUAAGUUGAUUAUUUAUGGGUGUUAUUUCUACUUCCACACCAUGCUUUCACGUCGCAAGUUUAAGGCGGUUUAGAUUCUUCAGUCAAUCGGGAAUUCAAACAGGAAGACAUAGAACAACAACACUUUCUGUUACUGUCACUAAUUCUAGCAAUUACAGGAAUGUUGCUGAAAGUAGAGAACCGUUAUUAUCUAAAACUAUUUCACUACCAGGUUUGCCAGAUGAUGAAGAUUCAGAGGCUUCAAUCAGCACUUGUUUCUGGGAAUGGAAACCUAAGAUUACAGUUCACUAUCAAGCAGCUGGAUCUGAGAAUUUCAACUCCCCUGCAGUACUCUUUCUUCCCGGUUUUGGCGUUGGUUCCUUUCAUUAUGACAAGCAGUUAAAGGACUUGGGUCGUGAUUUCAGAGUUUGGGCAAUUGAUUUUCUUGGACAAGGCAUGUCAUUGCCUUCUGAAGAUCCUACUUCAACCCAGGAUGGGAAUACUUCUUCUUGGGGAUUCGGAAAUGAAGCACAGCCUUGGGCUGAAGGACUUGUUUACUCUAUUGAUCUAUGGAGGGAUCAAGUUCAAUGUUUCAUACAAGAGGUCAUCAAAGAACCAGUUUAUAUUGUGGGGAACUCACUUGGAGGAUAUGUUGCAAUCUAUUCUGCUGCAAUGAAUCCUCGGCUUGUGAAAGGGGUUACCUUACUCAAUGCGACGCCGUUUUGGGGAUUUCUUCCUAAUCCUACUAGGUCUCCAAGGCUGGCUAGGUUUUUUCCAUGGGCAGGAACAUUUCCUCUCCCUGAUACCAUCAAGAAGCUCUCACUGAUCAUUUGGCAGAAGAUAAUUGAUCCUGAUAGCAUAGCAGAGAUUCUCAAGCAAGUCUAUGCAGAUCAGUCAACGAAAGUAGACAAAGUUUUCCCACGCAUAGUUGAGAUAACACAGCAUCCGGCUGCAGCAGCAUCAUUUGUCUCAAUUAUGUGUGCCCCUCAGGCUCAACUAUCAUUCAACGAGGCUUUAGAUAUGUGUGAAGGGAAUAAUACUCCAAUCUGUCUCGUGUAUGGAAAAGAAGAUCCUUGGGUGAAACCUAUAUGGGGUCAUCAGGUGAAAAAAAAGUUACGAGAAGCUCCAUAUUACCAAAUUAGCCCUGCUGGACACUGCCCUCAUGAUGAGCUUCCUGAGGUUGUGAAUUAUUUGCUACGAGGGUGGAUGAAUAACAUAGAAUCUCGAGGUUUGGUCGCAUUACCCCUGCUAGACGGAACAGAAGCCAGAGAAGUUGAAUAUUUUAGGGAAGGUUCUAGAAGAUCAGCGAGUGUGCAGUUCUUUGGGUCUAGAGUGUCUCUAUGGAGCCUGGUUAGUUCUUACCUUAAAUCUCGACUCGUAUAAUAUUAGUAUCAAAUUUGAAAAAAAGUGUUUUGUAUAUUUGGAGUGUUAUAUACAAAAUAUUUUGAUGCAAAUAUAUAUGACCAUUUUAAGGCAUUUUAUAAAGUUUCUUAAUAAUC